GGGCCUUGGUUGUGACGCGCGGCGCCAGGUGGGCGGGGCUCCAUUAUAAUCCUGCGUGCGCGGCGCGUGGGCCGUCUGACGUGACGCCCGCGUGCGCUGGGCUGUUUCCGGUUCCGGUGAGGCCCCUUCUCUCUCUCUCUCUGGCGAGGCGGCUGGGGGACACGCGCGCGCCACGAUGCAGAUCUUCGUGAAAACCCUGACGGGCAAAACCAUCACCUUGGAGGUGGAGCCCAGCGACACCAUCGAGAACGUCAAGGCCAAGAUCCAGGACAAGGAGGGUAUCCCUCCUGACCAACAGCGUCUGAUCUUUGCUGGGAAGCAGCUGGAGGAUGGGCGUACUCUCUCAGACUACAACAUCCAGAAAGAAUCCACUCUGCACUUGGUGCUGCGUUUGCGUGGAGGCAUCAUUGAGCCUUCUCUUCGCCAGCUCGCACAGAAGUACAACUGCGACAAAAUGAUCUGCCGCAAGUGCUACGCCCGCCUGCACCCUCGUGCUGUUAACUGCCGUAAGAAGAAGUGUGGCCACACCAACAAUCUGCGUCCCAAGAAGAAGGUCAAGUAGAGGGAGCUACCUGUCUUUGGCCAGUGUGGCUAUGUGCUGUUGAAUUCAAGUCGGGUAGUCAGUCUGCUGCAAUGUAGCUUGGUCCUGGGUGAAUAAAGCUACUUCCAGUGCUCA